AAAUAUGCCCUUUCUCUUUAAGAACAAGUUGCCCGUUCAGUAGGUGGCGACAAUACAUCAAUAGGUGUAUUCUGCCAUAAAACUUUAAAGAAGAAGAACAAGUUGUUUGUCACGUGUGCUUAUGCAGUUUAGAAAGUUUGACAGCAGUUUUACAACGUCAGCUAACCGAGUGGUGUGUUUAGCUGUUUUCUGCUGCCGUUCAGUCGAAUGUAAUUAAGGUUCACCCCUUUACAAUAUUUGUACGUUUGGGAGAAUAUAGGGUUUCUUCCGGUAUAGCGAACUGCUUAAAAUCGAACAUGGAAGUUGUUCAGAAACUUCUGUCGGGAUUCAAUCUUGACCUGGGACCUUUGAAAGAACCUCUGGGAUUUAUUCGGAUUCUAGAAUGGGUGUUCACCAUCUUUGCCUUCGCCACCACGGGUGGUUACUCUGGGACGACCCACAUCAGUGUGAAAUGUGGGGAUGCGGUGCUAAGGGACAUAGACAUUGGGUUUGGAUACCCUUUCAGGUUGCCUAGCUACGGCCCUUUAAAGGUGCCCACGUGUAACGGGAACGCCACGAAUGAGAUUUACCUCCAGGGCGACUACUCUUCCUCGGCUGAGUUCUACGUCUGUGUCGGUGUCUUUGGCUUCCUGUACUGCACCGCCACCCUGGUCCUAUACCUGGGAUACCAGCAUGUGUACCGCGAGGGCCGCGGACCCACCUUUGACCUGUUGGUGACUGCUGCUUUUGCCUUCCUGUGGCUGGUGUCCUCCUCUGCCUGGGGGAAGGGCCUGACUGACGUGAAGUGGGCCACCAACCCAAACCACCUGGUUGAGACCUGUCAGCCCCUGUGCUCACCUGGAAACUUCCCCUCCAUGGGAAAACUCAAUGCCUCUGUGAUUUUCGGAUUUCUGAACCUCAUCCUGUGGACCGGUAACUGUUGGUUCAUCUUUAAGGAGACUCCCUUCCACAAGGACCCCAACCCACCAGCCACCAUGGAGGAGGGCGUAGUCCCCAGCUCUUAAUUGCAUAGAGCCCAAGCCAAUCGCCAAGGUGCUUUGGACCCACACUGUUUCUUGUUUAACCCUAUUAAGAAGGAAACUAAAACGUGAAGCAAAAUUGUGCUUUUUAAUCACCCUUACCACAGAGGCCCCUUUUCAAUGAUGGGCAUUAAGCUCAAGCUUCAGGGAAAGUAGUCGGGCUGUGUUUAUACAGACAGCCCAAUUCACACACACAAAAAAUCUCAUUAAUUGGUAUUUUGACCAAUCAGAUCAGCUCUGAAAAAGAUCUGAUGUGAUUGGCCUUUUGGCCAAAUAAAAAUAAAAGAAUUGGUGUGCCUGUGUAAACACAGCCUAAGUUGCCCAACUCUAACCCUCCAACACAGCUACCCCUGGAUGUUGUUUGUAUACUCUGCAUAGUCAGUUAAUGUGAAUGAUUUGCUAGCUGCAGUCAACACUACCCCAAUUUACAGGUGUAAACCCUGAAAACUGAGUGACCGCAACUGUUUAUAUUUCUUUUUUACUGUUUAUUUUUAAACAUUUUUAAAGAAGUGCCUUGAGUUAACUGUACAUAACAUCUAUUCAGUUACAGUGAACGUGGCUUGAGUUGAACACUUUGAAAGGAAUCUGGGUAUAUGUGAUUUUCAAAAUGUCUGAUUUUGGUUGCUUCCUCCAGAGCAGGUACCUUUCAAAUGCAUAGGCCAAGUACAAAAUGUCCCAACAGGGCUCACACACACUACUGUAGCUGAACUGUGAUUCAUAUCCUAGUAAUGCUGUGUUGACAUCACAGGUGGUGGUACCUUAAUUAGGGAGGACGGGCUCUUAGUAAUGGCUGGAACUGUAUCGAGCACAACAAACAUGGUUUCCACGUGUUUGAUUCCAUUCACUCCUUUUCCGGCGAUUUAUUAUCAGCCGCCUCCUCUCAGCAGCCUCCUGUGGUUGAAAGACACAUUGUCUGACCAUCAGUCCCCUCGUUUACCAUGAAUCUAAUAAACGAGAUGAAAUCCACUGCUCUGUUGCCGUUCAGGACUAAAUUUGGUCCUCUAAAUAAAAAGAAACAAUUUUAACUACUGUCAUUUCAAUAAUUCCAAUAUUCCACUACUACAUGUUUUGAAACAGACUUUGAUACAUGGACGUUGCAUUUCUGUCAUGUUCUGAAAGCCUACUGCUUUGGUGCACUAAACUCGUCAGUUGUUAGCUACUUGAUCCCAUAAUCGCUCCUGAUGUUCAAUGCGUUCCCCUUUUUUUUUUUUUUUUUGCCUUAGUUUUGUUAUUCCUAAUUAUUUUGUCACAUGCUUCAUAAACAACCGGUGUGGGCUAACCGUGAAAUGCUUACUUGUGGAUGAAUAUAUGAACAGUGCCUUGGUUAUUUAUACCAACUAUAGCAGUAACACAAACUAAUAUUGACUACAUUCAAUUUGAGGACACAUUCCUAGUAACUGCUGUCAAUAUUUUAGUUAUUCAAACUGUCAGUGCCUAUAUUUCACCGCAAUGCUGGUUGGUGUAUUGUUUACUCAAUGAAGCCUAACUUUUUAAAGUCUUAGGUAAAGUUGUGACAUUGAAACAAUUAAAACACUAAGUUCCCUCAGUAUUUGACUUCUCAAAAUGUUUGAACUAGAGCUGGGACGAUAAACCGGAAAAUGAUCGACACCGACCUCUUAUUGCAGGCAUUUUGCUGAUAACAUUCAUUACGAUAAGUAGCCUAUACUAGAGAAAUGUAAAGUUUGAAAUGAAAUAAGUUUGCCAAUAUGGGUGAUUUGUUAUAGCUGUCAAUUGACCCAUAAACAAGCUUAGUAGUAGUUUAAAGGGUAAUUUUUAAACUUGUUAUAAAAUUAUAGUUCUAUUUAUUAUUUCAUCAAUUCAGGCAGUUUAUUGCGAUAUGGAUUUUUGUCUGAUGCUCAGCUCUAGUUUGAGCAGCAAAGGGCAACUUUUGAAUGUCAUAUUUUUAUUUUUUAACUACAUUAAUUGGUAAAUUUACGAUAAGCUUCUGUGUGUUUAGAAAAUAUCUAGAACUUGUGCAACUUCUCUCCCUGAGUAAGUUUUAUGCCUUCAUGGUUGUAAUUGAGUUUUUUCUGUUUUGUCACACCACUGGGCAAGCUACAGAUUAUCAUGGAAGAGAUGCCAUGUAACACACAUGGCAACAUGUAGGUGCCAAAAUUAAUCAAUCCUUUGGUAUUUCUUGAAUCUUGUUGCUUGUUUUUUGUUUUCUCACUCAUUUACAUUUUUAAUUUAGCCAAUGAUUGCAUUUGAUGGGUGUGGAGUUGACCUACGUCUGUCCCGCUCCUAUGAAGUGAAUGGAACUUAUUGAUUUAGUCUUUUUUGUUGUUGCUUUGCACUAAUUAUUUUGUAAUUAAUGUGAUUUUGACAUCCUGUUCCUUAUGAGUGUUGGGAUUUGAGGGAUAUGCAGGUGUUGCCAUCCACACAGUUGGUUGUACAGCCUUGGCCUCUGUAGUGAUUUACAAAGGGAAGGCUUGAGGCAGUCAUGAAAGUACACUGAUCUUUUAGAUUAUUUGUGCCAUUUUUAAUUUGAAUAGAAAUAAUCUAGCUAUUUAGGAUAUAAAUCAGGCUUGUAGGCCUUUAUCUGAGGGGAUUUCUAAAAUGUGACUUGUUUGUACAAAAUAAACACGUCUAUACAUCCUCAGUAUUGACAAUGCAUUAAAGGAUGAGAGCUGCAACAACUGCUGUACAGAUGUUUGUUCACUCUGCUGACUAAUGUUACCAGUUAAUUAAGACUACAGUUUAUGUUGUAGCCACAAGAUGGUACUAUUGUAUUUCAUAUAACUAAGGCUGCAAAGUAAUUGUAACAAUGCUUUUUGGGGGGGGGGCACAAGGUGGUAGUACUGUUUCCUGCAUAUGACUAGAAGGCACAAUGCCAUGCUCAGUCCCAACCAUAAACCCUUUUGUAUGUACAUACACAACUUCUUACUUAGUUUAUAAGUGUAUGAGGUAGGUUGACCAGCAAAAUAAAGUUCUGAACCGGUUGGAACCAGAAA